UAUGAAUAUUAAUCCAUGUUCGAAGAUUUGUGCCUCCAAUUAAUCCUCCUUUUCUUUUGUUAUUUACUUUCAGGCAUUUGGGUGCGUGGUAAAAGACAAUUUUUCCGUUAUCUUAAGAGAGUACCUGCGGUACGUAGAAAAAUCGAAUCAGAACUAGCAAAAGCUACAACUGAUUUUGAGAAUGAUAUUUCAAAAAGUUGUGAAAAACUUACCUAUUCCCUGCGCUUACCCGAAGAUGGUCUUAGUAAAGAGGAAAUUCUCAAAUUAGUGGAUGAACACUUAAAAUUGGGCCAUUACGAUUGGCGUGAUGGUCGUGUAUCGGGUGCUGUUUAUGGUUUCCAAGAGGACUUAGUCGAUUUAGUGACACAAGUUUAUGGUAAAGCUUCCUAUACGAAUCCCCUGCAUCCGGAUAUCUUUCCGGGUGUGUGUAAAAUGGAAGCAGAGGUAGUGCGUAUGGCAUGUACACUAUUUCAUGGUGAUGCUAAGACAUGUGGUACUAUGACUACUGGUGGCACUGAAUCUAUUGUGAUGGCUUGUAAAGCUUAUCGUGAUUAUGCCCGCGAACAUAAAGGUAUUACCCAACCAAAUAUGGUAGUGCCUCGUACCAUACAUGCUGCCUUCGAUAAGGCUGGCCAGUAUUUCAAUAUUCAUGUGCGUUAUGUUGAUGUCGAUCCAGAAACAUAUGAAGUUGAUAUGAAAGCUUUUAAAAAGGCAAUUAAUUCCAAUACCAUAAUGUUAGCUGGCUCAGCGCCUAAUUUCCCUUAUGGUACCAUGGAUGAUAUAGAAGCUAUUGCUGCUUUAGGUGUUAAAUAUGACAUUCCAGUGCAUGUAGAUGCUUGUUUGGGUAGUUUUGUGGUGGCCUUAGCUAGAGUAGCUGGCUAUAGUACCAAAACUUUCGAUUUCGAAUUGCCCGGUGUAACCAGUAUUUCGGCUGAUACUCAUAAGUAUGGCUUUGCUCCUAAAGGCUCUUCGGUUAUUUUAUACUCUGAGGGUAAAUAUCUUAAUCAUCAAUUUACCGUUACCACCGAUUGGCCUGGUGGUGUUUAUGGCUCUCCCACUAUUAAUGGUUCUCGUGCUGGUGGUAUUAUUGCCGCCUGCUGGGCUACUAUGAUGAGUUUUGGUUAUAGCGGCUAUUUAGAGGCUACUAAACGCAUUCUAGAUACUGCCCGUUAUGUGGAGCAAGGCAUACGUAAAAUAGAUGGAAUUUUUGUCUUUGGUAAACCUGCCACUUCUGUGGUGGCCAUGGGUUCAAAUGUUUUCGAUAUCUUCCGUUUAUCGGAUGCUUUAUGUAAAUUAGGCUGGAAUUUAAAUACUUUGCAGUUUCCUUCGGGGUAAGUCGUAAAACUUAUU